AUGUCUACUUACGUGCUCUCAAAGUCCCAUCAGGAGCUGAUGGAGAAGUCGCUCGUCGACUUGGAUCCUGAUGUUGCUGAGAUUAUGAGGAAGGAGAUCAAGCGCCAGCGAGAGUCCAUCCUCCUCAUCGCCUCCGAGAACGUCACCUCCCGCGCCGUCUACGAUGCCCUUGGUUCGCCCAUGUCGAACAAGUACUCCGAGGGCUACCCCGGCGCUCGGUACUAUGGUGGCAACGAGCACAUCGAUGAGAUCGAACUGCUGUGCCAGGCUCGCGCUCUCAAGGCCUUUGGCGUCGAGUCAGACAAGUGGGGAGUCAACGUUCAGUCUCUGUCCGGCAGCCCUGCCAACUUGCAGGUCUACCAGGCCAUCAUGAGGCCGCAUGAUCGGUUGAUGGGCUUGGAUCUGCCGCAUGGUGGGCAUUUGAGCCACGGCUACCAAACCCCUCAGCGGAAGAUCUCCGCUGUCUCCACCUACUUCGAAACUUUCCCCUACCGCGUCAACCCUGAGACGGGCAUCAUCGACUAUGAUCGCCUGGAGGAGAACGCGCUUAUGUACCGCCCUAAGGUCCUCGUCGCGGGUACUUCCGCGUACUGCCGCACCAUCGACUGGAAGCGCAUGAGGGAAAUCGCCGACAAGGUCGGCUGCUACCUGGUGGUUGACAUGGCCCACAUCUCCGGCCUGAUCGCCGCCGGCGUCCACGACUCCCCCUUCCCGUACGCUGACAUCGUCACCACCACGACCCACAAGUCGCUCCGUGGCCCCCGCGGCGCCAUGAUCUUCUUCCGCAAGGGUGUCCGCAGCACCGACAAGUCCGGCAAGCAGAUCAUGUACGACCUGGAGGGCCCGAUCAACUUCUCCGUCUUCCCCGGCCACCAGGGCGGUCCGCAUAACCACACCAUCACGGCGCUCGCCGUCGCCCUGAAGCAGGCGGCCACCCCAGAGUUCCGCCAAUACCAGGAGCAGGUCGUCAAGAACGCCAAGGCCCUCGAACACGAGUUCAAGAGACUCGGCUACGUCCUCGUCACCGACGGUACGGACAACCACAUGGUUCUCCUGGACCUCAAGCCCGUCCAUCUCGACGGCGCGGGCGCGCGCGUCGAGGCCGUCCUCGACCAGGUCAACAUCGCCUGCAACAAGAACACCACCCCCGGCGACAAGUCCGCCAUCACACCCAUGGGGCUCCGCAUCGGCGCGCCCGCCAUGUCCAGCCGCGGCAUGGGAGAGGCGGACUUCGUUCGCAUCGCCGGGUAUAUCGAUACCUGCAUCAAGCUGGCGCAGAAGGUGCAGGCCGAGCUACCAAAGGGGCAGAACAAGCUGAAGGAUUUCAAGGAGAAGGUGGCGAGCGGUGAGGUACCGGAGCUGGCGCAGCUGAAGACAGAGAUCGCAGGGUGGGCCGGAUCGUUCCCGCUGCCAGUGUAA